GAGAGGAGAGGAGAGGAGAGGAGAGGACAGGACAGGACAGGACAGGACAGGACAGGACAGGACAGGACAACGAUGUUAGGCCGGCGGAGCGGCGGCAUGCGGCGGUGUCGGGGCGCGGGGCUGGCGGCGCUGGCCGCGGUGCUGCUCGGGACUGUGGCCAGAGCUCAGGUGCAGCAGGAGCCGUCACUGGAGACCACCGAGGGCACCAGCAUCAACAUCACCUGCUCACAUCCCAAAAUCCAGACUGGCGAUUACAUCCACUGGUACCGUCAGCUCCCUGGCCAAGGACCUGAAUUCCUCGCACUCACAGUGAGAGAUUCCAAAGAGCUGCCGGACAAUCUGGGCCAGCUGUGGGUGUCGGCAGACCGGCGCUGGAGCGCGCUGCGGCUCGGUGGGCCCCGGCGCGGGGACGCGGCCGUGUAUUACUGCGCGCUGGGCCCACGGGCAGAGGAGCCGGGGCUGCGGCCGGGCACGAACCGCCGCGGGCGGGGCCGGGCGGGGCCAGCAGGGGGCGCUGCCGCUCCGCCCGCCGGGGCCGCCUCGCCCCGCUCGGCCCGGGACCCCGGGGCGCUGCCGGCACCGGCACCGGCAAUGGGACCGGCAAUGGGACCGGCACCGGCAAUGGGAACGGCAAUGGGACCGGCAAUGGGACCGGCAAUGGGACCGGGACCGGCAAUGGGACCGGGCAAUGGGAACGGCAAUGGGACCGGCAAUGGGACCGGCAAUGGGACAGGGACCGGCACCGGCAAUGGGACCGGCAAUGGGGCCGGCAAUGGGACCGGCAAUGGGACAGGGACCAGCAAUGGGACCGGCAAUGGGACAGGGACCGGCAAUGGGACCGGCAAUGGGAACGGCACCGGCACCGGCAAUGGGACCGGCAAUGGGACCGGCAAUGGGACCGACACCGGCAAUGGGACCGGCAAUGGGACCGGGACCGGCAAUGGGACCGGCAAUGGGACAGGGACCGGCAAUGGGACCGGCACCGACACCGGCAAUGGGACCGGCACCGACACCGGCAAUGGGACCGGCACCGACACCGGCAAUGGGACCGGCACCGACACUGGCAAUGGGACCGGCACCAGCAAUGGGACCGGCAAUGGGACCGGCACCGGCAAUGGGACCGGCAAUGGGACCGGCACCGGCACCAGCAAUGGGACCGGGGCCGACAGCGAUACCUGCACCGACGCCAACCGCGACACCAACACUGGCACAGGCACCUGCACCCGUCCCAGCACCUUGUCGAGGUGA